GAAUAUUUGGAUCCAUAUGAGCGGCUCACCCUCAGAAACGAUAUGGGUGUCUGCGAUUCAGACCUAGCUAAAAGCGAUUUGCUGUAACCCUCGCUUGCCAAUGUAAUUUUUGCCCUAACUGGCCGAGAUACAUCGAAGUAUUGUAAAUGUGUUUGAACCAUGAUAUGUAGAACGAGCGUCUUCUGGACAGUAACACCCUCGACUCGCCGAUGCCAUAUGGGUGACUGAGGAUAGCAGUGCUUCUGUAUUGCUGCGAUGCAAAUAUAUAUUAUUGCUUCAAAGGAAUCGACGAUUUGAAGUGACAGUUGUGUAGUUGCUGAGUUCGGUGAAUUGUUACGGCUAUAUAAUGGGCGGUCAGGCAAAGAGACGUCGCGCAAAUCGUAAAAAAAUCAACAUAAAUCCGAAACGGGCCCGCCAGAAGUUAAAGCGAAGGAAUGCUCCUCGCGUCGCAUGUGAACAACUCAAAGCUGUUUGGAAUGAGGAGCAUACAUUUCGUAGAAAUAUCGAGGAAGCUGGAUUACUUUAUGACGCCAACAAGCUGGAGCUUGACCCGACACAAAAAAAACUUGUAGCUCCAGCAAAAUACGAAGUGGUGGAAAAAAUCGAGAUGGAAGCCAACGCGGCCCGACGUGACCGUAGCUUUAUGCUGCGUGAUGACAUGAUGUUUCUUGCGAAGAUGAUCUCUAAACAUGGCAUUGAUGAAUGGACUGCCAUGGCUCGUGACCCCGACAACCUCUAUCAGUUAACACCUAAACAAAUCAAAGGCUUAUAUAAGAAAUGUCAGAAAGUACCCACGCAUUAUAAUGCCUUAAUGAUGGCCUGCGGGCUGCAACCUGUACCCGAUGGUUAUAGUCUGGAUGCUGCUAAAUAAGCUAGUAAGAUGGUAAUGUAGGUACAGAUUAAAAACAAAAUAUAUGUAUAUUUAUUUGCCUCAGCA